GCCAUUCUCAACUUACCCUUCUCUGUAAGCUCAUCGUAGAGACAAGCCGCCGCGCUCAUCUUACCAGGCUGCCGUGUCGAGCCCUCCCGCGUCUCCUCACCGUACACGCCUGCCACACAUCCACUCGAACCGAUGCGUCUUUUGCGCUACAACGAACAAGGCGAGCUCGGCAUCGUCAGCUUCAACGAUCGCGCAGCUCCGCCUUACGCAAUACUGUCACAUACAUGGGGAGCGGAUGCAGAGGAGGUGACCUUCGCCGACCUUGCAACAGGCGGUGGCAAGGCCAAACGUGGCUACAAGAAGAUUUGCUUCUGCGGACAACAAGCACAACAAGAUGGCUUACAGUACUUCUGGGUCGACACCUGCUGCAUCGACAAGGCGGACAAGGCUGAGCUCUCUCACGCCAUCCGAUCCAUGUUCCGCUGGUACCAGAACGCGGCGAGAUGCUAUGUGUAUCUGUCGGAUGUAUCAACAGGCAAGGGAGAAUGGGACCACAUGCUCGGCGAGUUUACGUGGGAGCCUGCUUUCAGAGCAAGCCGGUGGUUCACGCGCGGCUGGACACUUCAAGAGCUGCUUGCGCCAAGCACUGUCGAGUUCUUCUCUCAAGAGUGGGCGAAGCUUGGUGAUAAGAUGUCGUGCAAAACGUUGAUCCAUAAAAUCACCAGUAUCACACAUGAUGCGCUCGACGGAGCCCCUCUUUCUCAGUUCAGCGUCGACGAGCGGUUGCGGUGGAAAGGUGACCGGCAGACCAAGCGCGAAGAAGAUGGAUGGUACUCACUGUCAGGUAUCUUCGAUGUUGAGAUAGCGCCGGCGUACAGCGAAGGGGCGGCAAGUGCGUUCAGACGCCUUAUGGACGAGAUCCACAAGCUGGACAGAUGCGUUCAAGACAUGCGCAGCACAGAUCCAAAUGACGAUCAGAAGCGCAUCGAGGAGACCAAAGGCGGACUGCUAGCUGACUCCUGUCGCUGGGUUCUUGACAAUACCAUCUUCCAGCAAUGGCAGCAAGACUCACACAGCCGACUGCUAUGGAUCAAAGGCGAUCCUGGAAAGGGCAAAACGAUGCUACUCUGUGGCAUUAUCGACGAGCUGAAGAAAUCGACAAACAACGUCUGCUUCUUCUUCUGCCAAGGUACCGAUUCCCGCUUGAACAGCGCCACCGCUGUGUUGCGCGGCUUAAUCUACCUGCUUGUUAAGCAGCAACCGCGGCUGACAUGUCACCUGCGGAAGAGAUACGAUCAAGCAGGUGCCUCUCUCUUCCAAGACGCCAACGCCUGGGUAGCGUUGUCUGAAAUGUUCGCAUGCAUGGUGCAGGACGAAGAUUUAAAGACAAGCUACUUGAUUGUUGAUGCUAUGGAUGAGUGCGCGAUGGACUUGCCUAAACUGCUGGACCUGAUCGUCCGUACCGCGGCGUCGUCAAGUCGUGUGAAAUGGCUUGUGUCGAGUCGGAACGAGGGUCAUAUAGAGCAGAAACUCAAGUCGGUCGGCGACGAAGCGAAGCUGAGCCUGGAACUGAAGCAGAAUGCGGACCAGGUGGCCCGAGUCGUGGAUGCAUACAUCGACCACAAGCUGUCUUGCCUUGAGUCGCUCAAAGACGAUGAUUUGCGAGGGCAAGUGCGGGAUGAGCUGCGCCGCAAGGCGAACGGCACCUUUCUCUGGGUUGCUUUGAUGAUGCAAGAGCUUGAGAAGCCGGAAAGCUGGGACCCUCUAGCGGUAGUAGAAGAAGCGCCAGCAGGCCUGCCCCAGCUAUACGAUCGCAUGAUGGACCAGGUCCAGCGGCUGUCGCCAAGGAAUGCGGAUAUCUGUCGAUCUUUGCUCUGCACUGCAGUAAUCGCGUACCGCCCGCUCUACCUUGCAGAGAUGGGCAGCUUGCGCAGCUUACCAUGUCGGGCGACAGCCUUGGCGGAGACCGUGAGGAAGGUUGUAGCGAUGUGUGGCUCGUUCCUGACGAUUCGUGAGGAGCAAGUCUACCUCGUUCACCAGUCAGCCAAGGACUAUCUGAGCAACAAGAUGCGAGCUGCGGCCCUUCCUUCUGAGAGCAAGAUGCACCAUGACCUAUUCACUCGGUCGCUCGAGCUUAUGUCUAGCACACUAAAACGCGACAUGUAUAGUCUUGGUAAGCUGGGCUUCUCGAUUGAUGAGGCUGAAACACCCCAUCCUGAUCCGCUAGCAACUGUGCGCUACUCGUGCGUCUACUGGAUCGACCAUCUGUACGACUCGAAGCCCAGAUCUUGGGCAGACGGUGUUGAUGACCUAAAAGUCGGAGGCGCCAUCAAUGAGUUUAUAAAGAAGAAGUAUCUCUACUGGCUGGAAGGGCUCAGUCUGUGCAGAAGCAUAGGAAAAGGGGUGGUCUCAAUGGCAAAGCUAUGCCUCCUUGCUCAGGAGAUGCAAGAUGCUAGUGAGCUUACUAAGCUUGCGCAAGAUGCUAGCCGAUUAGUUAUGUACCACAAAGGAGUAAUCGAGAGCUACCCUCUACAAACAUACGCAUCUGCGCUGUUGUUUAGUCCAACUGGGAGUGUGACUAGAAGGCUGUUCCAGCAUGAAGAGCCAAAAGGAGUCACUGUCAAGCCAGCGAUGAGCGACGGCUGGAGUGCUUGCCUGCAGACGCUCGAGGGCCAUAGCGAUGGUGUCACCUCUGUAGCCUUCUCGCACGACUCGAGCAAGCUGGCGUCGGCGUCAUGGGACAGGACGGUCAAGGUGUGGGAUGCGAGCAGCGGGGCGUGUCUGCAGACGCUCGAGGGCCAUAGCGAUGGUGUCACCUCUGUAGCCUUCUCGCACGACUCGAGCAAGCUGGCGUCGGCGUCAUGGGACAGGACGGUCAAGGUGUGGGAUGCGAGCAGCGGGGCGUGUCUGCAGACGCUCGAGGGCCAUAGCAGCCAUGUCAGCUCCGUAGCCUUCUCGCACGACUCGAGCAAGCUGGCGUCGGCGUCAUGGGACAGGACGGUCAAGGUGUGGGAUGCGAGCAGCGGGGCGUGUCUGCAGACGCUCGAGGGCCAUAGCAGCCAUGUCAGCUCCGUAGCCUUCUCGCACGACUCGAGCAAGCUGGCGUCGGUGUCAGGCGACUGGACGGUCAAGGUGUGGGAUGCGAGCAGCGGGGCGUGUCUGCAGACGCUCGAGGGCCAUAGCAGCACUGUCACCUCUGUAGCCUUCUCGCACGACUCGAGCAAGCUGGCGUCGGUGUCAGGCGACUGGACGGUCAAGGUGUGGGAUGCGAGCAGCGGGGCGUGUCUGCAGACGCUCGAGGGCCAUAGCAGCAUUGUCAGGUCUGUAGCCUUCUCGCACGACUCGAGCAAGCUGGCGUCGGCAUCAGACGACUACACCGUCAAGGUGUGGGAUGCGAGCAGCGGGGCGUGUCUGCAGACGCUCGAGGGCCAUAGCAGCGAAGUCAGCUCUGUAGCCUUCUCGCGCGACUCGAGCAAGCUGGCGUCGGCGUCAUACGACUUCAUCGUCAAGGUGUGGGAUGCGAGCAGCGGGGCGUGUCUGCAGACGCUCGAGGGCCAUAGCAGCCAUGUCAGCUCCGUAGCCUUCUCGCACGACUCGAGCAAGCUGGCGUCGGCGUCAUGGGACAGGACGGUCAAGGUGUGGGAUGCGAGCAGCGGGGCGUGUCUGCAGACGCUCGAGGGCCAUAGCAGCGGUGUCAGGUCUGUAGCCUUCUCGCACGACUCGAGCAAGCUGGCGUCGGCGUCAUGGGACAGGACGGUCAAGGUGUGGGAUGCGAGCAGCGGGGCGUGUCUGCAGACGCUUGAGGGCCAUAGCGGCUAUGUCAGGUCUGUAGCCUUCUCGCGCGACUCGAGCAAGCUGGCGUCGGCAUCAGACGACUACACCGUCAAGGUGUGGGAUGCGAGCAGCGGGGCCUGUCUGCAGACCCUCAACAUUGGCAAGACUCUCUACAGUCUAUCCUUCGAUCCCACCAGCUUCUUUCUGCGUACCGAUAUAGGCCCCAUCGCUAUACACGACCCAGCAGUUCGUAGCGAGUCAGAUGCUAUGGAACCUGCGCGCCCUCAGUAUCUAGGAACAAGCCUCAGCUCCGACAACAUAUGGAUCACGUACGACGGCAGGAACGUGCUGUGGAUACCGUCAGACUAUCGACCGUCAUGCUCUGCGGUGUGCGGGAACAGAGUCGGUAUGGGUGUUGGGACUGGCAGAGUGUGGGCCUGCAGUGUUGACCCAGACACCCUUAUGCGUAUAGUUAGCAAAGUGAAGAGUCAAAGCAGUCGCUUUCUGCCUAAGACUGAGCUUCCGAAGCCGGCGCUUAACUACCUUUAAGGACGUACAGAGCACAGAAGAUGCAUAACAAAGUACAAUCUGCACUUAGAAGUGAAAUUUGCGCUCUAUCUUCUUGCUGUCUGGCCUCUAGGAGAUGUAGGGAAAUCCACUUGGCUGCCCGCGUGAGAUACUA